GCCGGUGGUGUCACUCAACAACCGUGGAGACUUCAGACACUUAAAAUCACAACUCACUUUACUGAGUAGGAGUCGGUUGAUUGUCUUUCCAUCAUCUCCUGUCCUCUCUGAACAGAUUCCUUCAGAGAAAAGCUGUGUUGCUGUUGAGAAAUUGUUCAGCUGAUUUUCUGAUGGUCAGCCAUGGAUGAAGAUGACAGCCAAGAGGAGCUGAUCAACCGCAGUACUUCCAACAGCAAAGGAAAAAGGCCUGCGUUGUGGGCAAUCUCAGAUGACUCGGACAGUGGGGAAGCGGAGUCUGAAGAGGGAGAAUCUGAGAGUGGUGAGGAAGAAGAGGAUGAUCAUCUAGGUGGAGGGGAUGAUAGUGAUGAUGAUGAGGAAGAUGAUGAUGAGGAAGAAGAAGAAGAAGAAGAAGAUGGGAAUGAAGAGGAAGAUGAUGAGGAAGAAGAGGGAGACGCUAAGGCUGAGGAUGGAGCUUUAGUUGGAACCUCUGCUGAUCCUGCCGACAUGAGCUCGGAUGAAGACGCAGAUAAAUGUCCCAUCUGCCUUAACUCCUUCAGCAGCCAGCCUGUCGCAACACCAGAGAACUGCGAGCACUACUUCUGCCUCGACUGCAUCCUUGCAUGGGCCAAGAAUGCAAACUCGUGUCCUGUGGACCGUAUUGCCUUCAACAGCAUAUACUUAAGGAAAUGUUAUGGAGGCAAAGUAAAGAAAAUGAUCACAGUACAAAAGCCUGUGAAGGAAGGAGUUCAGGAAGUAGUAGAUUUGGACCUGGAGCAGACCAGCUGUGAGGCGUGUGGGGGCAGUGACCGUGAGGACCGCCUCUUGCUCUGCGAUGGCUGUGAUUCUGGGUAUCACAUGGAGUGCCUCACGCCUCCUCUGGACUCUGUUCCUGUGGAGGAAUGGUUCUGCCCAGAGUGUGAAGCCACCAACCGUCGCUCAAGGGUUUCAGCUGAAGAACUUAGCGACACAGAGAGCCUUCCCUCUACCGCCCGUCCUGCCACCAGUCGCUUCCAGUUCGGUGCUGCAGGUCCCACCAGAGCCAUCGCCCGGACACAACAGAGCGAGAGGGUUCGCGCUAAUGUCAACCGCCACCGCAUCACACAGGCACGCUCCUCACAGUUGGCUCCCACCUUUCUCAUCCAGUCCACUUGGCUCGAUGACACUAUUAACGCUGUGGUGGCUGGGCUCAACACGGCUGUGUAUAUACGGGACUUCACCCCCCGCCCCCCAACUACCCACAGGCGCAAGACCAGGAAGCGCAGGAAGGUGCGAAGAAAGACGACAUCUUCUGCCAAAAGUAAAACGGGCAAAGCAGCAACUACAGGAGUGAAGAGGAGGAAACGGAGAGUGAGGAGGACUAAAUCCAGAAGAAGGAUCGUGAAAAAGCCAGCCACUGCUCGAAGCCGUAUUGCUAAUACUCUCCGAAUUGUAAAGGACAAAAAGGGUUCUUCGCUUCCUUCAGUGUAUCGGCCAGCAGAGAACACGCUAAGCAACAUGCGUGCUGACAUCGGUGCUGCAUCUCUCUCUAUCCACGGGGAUCAAUACGACCUGGAUCCAUUAUCGGAACGUGAGGAGGUGGAGCAGCAGGCCCGCGUCACAUCGCUGUUGGAGGCCAAGAGACGAGGGAUCUCUCGCUCUGCUCUGCGCUCUCACCAGCCUGUAGCUCGACCCGUCACUGCAGGCCAUUCCAGGAGAGGUAUGGACGUUCCCCAAUCAGCGGGUUUUGUUGAGGCGGCUCCUGUGCCCGACCUCCUGGGAAGCAUCCUAUCAGGACAAAGCGUCCUCUUGAUGAACAGCUGUGAUGUCGUUAUCAAUCGAGAUGGUUCCCUUAAAGCAACAAAGUCAUUAAUGCAAUCUGAGUUAAACCCAGGCCACAGCAACGACAACAGCUCAGGAGAUGCCAGCACCCAGAUCAGCCCAAUGAUGUCCCCCAACCAAGGAGACAGUUCUCCGUCCCUCCCCUACAAUGUAGACCAACCAGGAUCCUCCCACAGUUACACGAACAGACCUCUAUCCCAGAGCUCCUCUCACUUACCCCUCCACACGCCCCUGCAGACCGGCCAGAUCCGACCAUCUUCUCAGCUUCCUCUUCCGAUCAGACCCACGCACCCCCACGGUCAUCAGAGAAGCAACGGAGCCCCCAGCCCCUCCCUAAGCACCAAGAGCAAGGAGAUGGCUUCAUCACAAUCCCAAAAAGCACCCGCAAAGCCCAUGUGGGUAGAUGUGUCAGUGCUUCCUAGGAUACCAAAAAUCAAAAGGGAGAGCGGUGAUGUCACAAAUAAUGGCACCAAUCAAGAUGUCCGUGAUCGUAGCAGCAGCAGCAGUAGUAGUAGGGGAAGCAGUAGCAAUUCCACCACCAGUCGUCAUGGUCACAGCCUGCCAGAAACGGGCAUGAACAGUCUUGCUGGGGACAGGGGACGGCAGCAAAGUGUAGACCAGCAGAAGGGCCGGGCCGAGGGUCAGAGGCAGACGCCCGAGGGACCUGGCUCUUCCUCCGCCUUCUCCAACUCGUUCUCCUCCUCUUCCUCCUCCUCCAUGGGCUCUUCUGCCAGCCAGUCUCGUUAUUCCUCGUCGGCAUCAUCCUCGUCAUCGGUGAGUUUCCGCAUUAACACAAGUGGGAACACGUGGCAGCCGAGGCAGGUAGGCAGCUCGUCACUUCCUGUCGCUGGAAGCAGUACGCAGCCGACCCGGGCACAAAAGGAAAACGAAGCCAAAAAGAGACAGCUGCACAGAGAUAAACAGAAGCUGCUGGCAUCGCGUACAGCGGUCAAACAGGAAGAAAGCAGCGAUACUAUCUACGAUCCUUUUGAUCCCACUCUGUCAGACUCGAGCAGCUCAGACAACGAAGCUGAGAGCGCAAGACUGCAUGGAAGCUGCCAGAAUGCAACACAUGAGGAGAAAGCUUCUAGUUUAGUAAAGAAGAGUCAAAGGCAGCAGGACCUGGUGACUGUCAAAACCGAAUCACAGGACAUUGAGGUCUCACAGGAAGAACCAAUGAGAGCUGACGCUCAGGAAUCCACAUCCCAGGAAGUCAGAUUCUCAGAAACAUAUGUCAAGGUAGAAACAAAAUCAAGACUAAUAGAUAUGAAGUCUGAGAAAACAACAUCGUUACUAGCCUCUAAAGUUAAGAUAGAACUAGGGUUGGUUGAUGCAGGGGGAGCUGAAAUAAUUGGUAGCAGCGUUGAAAGUGAAAAGACAGAAGACACCUCACCACCUGUCCAACACAGACUGGAUCUCUUCAAGACUAAGAGAGAAGAGGAGAGUGCACAGAGGGCUGUCACUCCUAACACUGCUCCUCGAGAUCCAUCAGCAUCUAGCUCUACUCCCAUUAAGAAGGAACAAAAGCCGGAAACUAAAUCUGACUCUAAGUCCUCUCACAAGUCAAGAGAUUUGGGCCAAAAGAAGAAGACCUUCCAAGCUUCGAAGGAGAGGCGCUCUAAAAGUCCAGAGACAGACCGAGGGAAGAGGGGAGACCGCCAGGCAUCAGGCCCAGGAGGCAGACAAAAGGAAAAGAGUUCCAGACGGUCCAGGUCCAGAGAGAGGACUGGUGCACACUCAGUCUCUGAAAGCUCUCAGUCCCCUGUGAGGAAACGCCCAAAGAGACAGCGAUCCUGCUCCCAAUCCAAAGAGAGGAGGAGAUCUAGGUCUGGUUCUGGAUCUAGCAGCAGAGAGCGUUCCAGAAAGAAGAAGCCUUUACAAAGGAGCAAGGAGAGAAGUGAUGGCAGAGAUCGAGACAGUGACAGAGGCCGAGAGUCGAAGGACAAGAGACGCGGUCGGGGUCGCUCACGUUCACGGUCGAAAUCACGGUCCAGAUCCGUAUCCAGGGAACGGAAGAAGGGUCACACACGACUGCCACAGCCAUCGCUCUCCUCCAAAGACAAGGAGGACUCUCGAUCAAAAGACAAGAUGAGACGCAGGUCCAGAUCCAGCUCAAGAGAGAAAAGGAAAGAAGAAGGGUCUUCAUCCAAGAGCGCUCAGAGGACUUCAGGGUCCCGCGUUUCGUCCUCUAAAGACACGAAACGCUCACAAGACAGGAAAAAAGCAAAGGAUACACCUAUAAGUUCCAUCAUAGAGGAACACGUUGCCCCAGUGAUCAAACAAAAGACUCCCUCCCAUACUCCUGCCUCUGAAAUGACAAAGAAAGACCCUAAGGUAGAGAGCCAGGACACAACGGCGGGAAAAGCUACAGAGAUCAAGGUUGAAAAAGAAAUGAAGAAAGAAAAGCGACCAUCUCUUGAUAUGUUUGAAGAUGUGUUUUCUAUUAGUGAACAGAUUAAGAAAGAAGAAUCUGACAUCCAUGCUUUCAUGGUGGCCAAAAGCAUGGAUGAGAAGGGGAAAAAAGAAGACCCCAUCAAGACGGAGAAGUGUAAAAUCCCCAUUAUUAAAUCUGAGCCAAGUUCCCCUACAUUAUGCCAUUCACCCCCUCCCCCCUUAUCCUCCUCACUGACCACACCUGUCCCAGCAGACAGUCUCCAGGAUACAGUGUCUGACCCAGAGUUAACGGCCUCCAGUGAACAACCAGACUCUGUGAAGCAGGAAGUCCAGGAGCCCUCGGACUCUGAUGAUGACUUUAAUGUCGAUGUGAUGCUGGACAGCCUGGACUAUGUGAAGACGGAGCGCUCAGAGGAGAGCGGUGCAUCCGUCAAACAGGAGGGGGAGGAGGAGGAGGAGGAGGAGGGGAAGAGCGAACAGAUAUCGACCGUAGCCAAAUCCAAGACUCAGGGGAAGAGGGUCACCUGGAAUAUACAGGAGCCUGAUGGGCCUCAACCAGAAAAGAAGUCUGCAAGCAAGCUGUCUCUGUAUAAACUGAAGCUGAAGCAGGAAGGGGCUCGCAGACCCUCCUCAACAGGCCAGACAUCUAGUCAGGUAGGACAGGUAUCACCUACUAACAGUUAACCUAAUUGUGCUAGCUAAACACUAUACGUGUGUCAUGUGAUUGAAUAACCAGAGGGUGGCAGUGUUUUAUCUAUAAAAGAGCAAAUGUAUUUUUCUGGGUGAAGUCACGUGAGAGAAACUAAAACUGAUACUGAGAUAAUUUUAGACUAAACGAAAGUAAAAGCUUUAGUGCAGAAACCUGCUGUCAACAGAUUUGAUUCGGUCACUUCCUCCCCCUCCUACUAGUGCUGUGUACCUGGACUCACAUUCAGGUUCAGGUCCGGACUCAAGUCC